CAGCCAUGAUGGUUUUGUGAGAGAGUUUGGUCCACAUAAAGACAACAGGAAAUGCUGAUAUUCUCGUCGUUUCCUCCGAAAUGUCGGAGAUCAGGGUAAAAUAUUGUGAUAUCUGCAGGUCUCUGCUGAGAGCUGUUUUAACCAAGUUGUGACCACACUCAAGGGAAUAGUGCAAUCCUUUUUAAUUUGUAGAUAAAUAUAUAUUUAAUUAUUUUCUGUCUGUAAACAUUAAUGUCUCUCAACACACCGCAUGUGAUGUUUGUCUAAGAAAUGAACAUGGGUCAGAAAGUGUCAGGUGGGAUAAAGACAGUUACGUCUAGAGAGACUACCUACAAGGCACUAUACAAAGGCGAUAUGGUGUACAAUCCAGACUUUCAGAAGCCCAGUCGACUCGACAUGCUCCUGGACAUGCCACCCACAUCUAAGGAUGUCCAAGUUAACCAUUCAUGGAAUCCGGAUGAUCGUUCACUCAAUAUAUUUGUGAAGGAUGACGACAAAUUGACUUUCCACAGACACCCUGUUGCACAGAGUACAGACUGUGUGCGAGGUAAGGUGGGGUACACACGCGGCCUGCAUGUGUGGGAGAUUGUAUGGAGCACACGCCAGCGGGGAACACAUGCUGUGGUCGGAGUAGGAACGAGUGAGGCACCCUUACAUUGUGUAGGUUACCAGUCCCUGGUAGGUAGUAAUUGUGAAUCCUGGGGCUGGGACCUCGGCCGUAACAAACUUUACCAUGAUGUGAAAAAUAACCCAGGUGUCACUUACCCUAGUCUAUUAAACUCAGAUGAGAACUUUGUCGUGCCCGACAGCUUCCUUGUGGUGCUGGAUAUGGACGAGGGUACAUUAAGUUUUGUUGUAGAUGGACAAUACCUAGGUGUUGCAUUUAGAGGCCUCAAAGGAAAGAAACUUUAUCCCAUAGUGAGUGCUGUGUGGGGACAUUGUGAGAUCACCAUGCGGUAUAUAGGAGGGCUGGAUCCCGAACCAUUACCAUUGAUGGACAUAAGUAGACGCAUCAUACGCCAUAACCUUGGUAAAAGCAGACUCCAUGAAAUUAACAAGCUUCCUUUACCAAAUUCUAUAAAGAAUUACCUGCUCUAUCAGUCAUAGCAGGAAGUGUGAUAAGAGUUGUCCUCUCUUAACUUUGUUGUGUCACCGAACAGCCGUACAGAAAAGCAUGACAGGAUCACCGCCUCAACUUUGUCAUAUAGAAAGGCUGCCCUCAAAUCUUGUCAUUUGACAGGAACACUCUGGCUUCUCUCUUGCUGACUGUUAGAUACAGUCCCCAGAAUAUCCUUUACUGGCAAUGGCUGUUACCGUCAUAUGUCCUGUAUAUGGAUCUCAAGUAGCAUGUAUCGCUCUAUACUCAUGGGGCCAAAAUGUCUAGGAAAGACUUACAAAAACUUUAAGGGGUAGAAGUAAAUUUUUGUUUAUACAAUAAAUAUAAAAUUACACAUCAAUAUUUGAACAAUGGAAAAAACGCAAUUUUACAGAAUCUCUAAAUAUUAGGAUUGCACAGGGAAAUUUAUCUAUCUUGGGACAUUUUGGCUGUGGUAUUACAAUCCCACAGAAACAGUUAUUUUAAUUGCAAUGUAUGAGUGUACUUACACAUGAAUAUUAAAUUUGCCUAUCUCACUAAAUUUAAACAUAAGGUCAGUAUAGCUUUGCAAUAAUAAAGACUUAAUGCUGUCUUGAUUUAAAGCUUGAACAGCUAUUGAUUGUGAAAAUUUUAAUACAAGCAUUGAUUGCCAUUAAAUUUACCUUUUACAUAUAAAAGAUUUGCUAUUUAUAAGAUUUGCUAUUUAGAUAAAUCAGCAAUGUUUUUAGGAAAUGAAAUUUCCUUUUAAAUCAUAGAAAGACAAAAAAUCAGAAAUUAAAUAUUGAUGAAAUUAAGUUAUAUAACUUAAUGCAAAGGUUGCUUGAAUGUUUGAACUGGGCAGUGUUAUGGAGGGGAGACAAGGUGACUGGGAUGACUUUAGAAUAAAUGUAUUAUUUGUGAUUCAUGAUAUGAAAAGAUUGAGUUUAAAACCAGUUUUUCCAUGCGAUUGUUUGCAUGUACAUUUGUAUGUAGUACAUAUCUAUAGGGUGUGUGAUUUUUUUAAAGACAAUUUAAAUCGUGAAAUGUCUAUAAUUCAUCAUUAAUUUGUAUUUAUAAUAUUUUCUUCAAAGUUCAUUGAAGACAAGUUGAAAAUAAGUAAUAUAUGGGUCAAGCAAUUUUCAAGCUUGUAAUUGUUUGUUAAAUAAGGUGACCAUUACUGUUGUAUAUUGGGUUGAUAUAUACACUACAUGCAGGUCACAGGAAAGUGAAUGAAAACACGGUAAAACCUCAGAACUCAGUGGAACUCAAAUUGUUCAUAAGUUCAUACACCACUCUUAACCCGGAUAAUUUACUGUCCUGUGUAGUAAAUAAUUGGAACAUAUUUAAACAUAAUUUUAAACACGUAGUUAUCAGACCAAAUAACAUCAUAUUAUUCCUAGCUCCAUGUUAGAUUUUUUAAAUUCUAUUUAACAACAACAUUUUACUAGCUGCGGUCAAUGUUACACAUAAAAUGUCGGUAUGUUAAAGGUUAGCUAAAAAUUCUCUGUCAAUCCUCGGGGUGAUUCCAGCUUGUUUAUUAGCCAUAUUUCUUCUCAGUUAGACAUAUCUCGAAUAUUUUGACAGAUUAGCAGAUAUUGUGCCAUAAUCUAAUGUCUAUAUCUGAAACUUCAGUAACAGAACAAAGCAAGGUUGGGCCAGCUAGCUACCAGGUCAGAUUGCUGUCCUGAGCAUUUCCUGUGGAGUCGGGUCAUCUGCCGUCCAUAGUCAUCUAAUGUGUAUGAAUGUUUUGAGCUAUCAAUCUCCAUACAUUAGCCCAGUGUCUACCACUUGUAUUUCCUAAUCAUUCUAAUUUGCAAUAUGUUUUUUCUUAAAGCUUGUUCCUAUUUACCGAACUUCAAAUUCUGGUUAAUACAACCUUGGUUCUCAGUAUUCAAUGCAAGCCUUAAGGCUAUUCAAAAUUGUGUUCAUUCAGGAUUUCUUUUUUGAUUUAUUUAUUUCACAUACGUAAAAUAAUAUUUUAUUCUUCUAUAAUAUAAGAAUGUAAUACUGUUCCUAUCAUCCAUUUGAUAAACGAAAACAAACAGAAUCUUUAAUUUAGAGGUAUUUUGCUAAGUGGUAUAAACUAGGAAAGCAUUCUAUCAUUUCAACAAGCUCAUCCCAUCAGCUAGUGACCUGUUUUUAUGCUAAGUUUGGACUAUUACAUCCUCGACACUGGUAACAAGUGGCCUUAUUGUGGAUGGUAUUGUUCAAGGUCACAUGAUGUAAACGAUUAAUUUCUGUGCUUGUUGUUUGUGUCAUUGUGAUGGUGAUGUUUGAAUUGAAUACCUGGUAAUCAUGGUCACGUUAAUGUUUGAGUGAAGAUGUUAGGCAUGGUGAUUGUUUGGAUGUGUCAAUGUGACUAUGAAGCUAGCACGGUGUAAACAUCAUCUAAACGCUUUUUGCUCUGCUGUUAAUCUUCAUAAAUGUUUGCAUUUUUCUCACUUAUUGGAGCGAAUCUCAAAAACUGUCGAAAAAUUUCAUAUAUAAUAUAAUGUAGGUACAAGUUUUGUUUGUGUUAAUAAAUAGAUCUUUUUAAAUAGAUUUAAAAAUCUGUUAAACAUGUGACUAUCUGGCACACCUUCACACAGUUGACUGAUCACUAAUGGCUGGAGAUUUACUGGGAUUUUGAUGAUAAGAUAUUUAGUGUACUUUAAUAUUAUUGGCCAUUUAAAUUCAUAUUUAAGUUACAUAAGCUUUUUUAACCUGCCUUGAUUAUUUUGAAUUUCAUGUUGAAGUGAUGUUAUCCUAAGAUUAUCUGUUUUGUCAGAAGUUAGCCUGAGCUUGAUGUAAAAUUCUACAUGCAAUACUAAAAGUUCCACAUUUUGCACAUUUUUUAGGCAUUUCUCAGUGAUGUAACUUUCAAGCAUUAAUCAAUCUUGCAAAUUAAUCAUUCCUGUAACCUACAUAUUAUAAAUACUGAACAUUGUUUCAGAAAAUCGGAAGAAUUAAAGAAAUAAAACAUUAUAAAGCAGUCUUGCUGAUUUUGAAAACAAAACUGCAGUUCAGAAGCUAACCAUUGCAAUGAUAUUUUGUAAAUUUCUUCCAUUUGUGGCAAAUGAAACCAGGUUCUUGGUUUGGUGAGUAAUUAACCACAGAAGUGUAUCGGUCAAUUUAUGGUGAUAAAACAUACCAUAGACUCUUUCAAACUUGUAAACUUUUCUGUGAAUUUUCAAUAAAUGUUUUUCUUUUGGUGUAUUACUUAAUGUUGCCCAUUACUGAUUUACAUGACCCAUGCGCUGCACAAUUACUGGGUUGAUUCGGUAAAUGACUAAUUUUCUGACCCGUUAGCUGUACAAUUGUACUUGGUCGAUUCUCUAACAUGACUGAAUUCUCUGACCCGUCGGCUGUACAGUUGUACUGGGUCGAUUCUAUAAGUCUGUUUUUUAUGACCUAUACUACAUUUGUAAUGGUUUAAUUCUGUAAAAUAAGUGUGAAUUUCUUAUCACAAAUUAGCUAUACACUUGAACAUGGUUGAUCACGGAUGUAUCAUACUUCUUUGUCUCAUACUUUGCCAAUAUGUGGAAGUUUGAUUGUUGACAUUAUACUUUUAAAGAAUGAUGGGAAAUCUUUAGCAAAAAGCUUUAUUUAAUAUUAAUAAAUGUAAAUUACAAUCACAGGAUAUUUAUUUUUGUGAUAAUUCCUUCGAAGGAAUGGUUGAAAGUUUAACAUCGCUUGCAUAUUUAUUAAGUUGAACAUAGAUAAGGGGUAGUAGUCAUAGAAUUCGCGAAAAUAAGUAUAUGUGGAAUAAAGACAUCUGUAGUACCUUGCAGCUGUUUGUGAAACUAAAAGUGUAUUAUACAUAAAAAAUACGUCAUGUAAAAAAAAUACUUUAAAAAUACUUUGAGGAGUAGACAUUAACAGGCCAGAUUGGGUGAACUAGGGUAGGGUGUAGUGAUAGAAAUGUUAAGGUUGUGUUGUAAACUGCUGAUCAUGAUCGCAUUACAUGUGCUCUGUCACUUUUUCAUUAUGUCAUCUUAAGAAAUUAUGUAAAGAUUCUUGCAAAUCAGUGCCUAUUAAUUUUAAAGCUCUUCCUUAAACAAUUUUCAUCUCCACCUUUGCUUAUUGAAGCUUGUACGCCUACAAUGUAUGUAUAAUGUGAAACAUUGUUAUCUAGUAUUUUUCAACCUACAUCAAUAUCUAAAAAGAAAUUGUCAUGCUAGUCUGAAGCAUAUCUUUGAUAACCGAUGCAUGCUGUUUUCACCUUUCUUACUUCAUAGAGAUUUAGUUUUUACCUAAGUAUAAUAACAUGUUACGCUCCCCGGCAAAUUCAGUGUCGGGAAAUCUUAAUAUGCCAAGAGGGGCAAAGACAAGUUUUGAGGGGACACUGGCGCCAAUCACACUUAAGUUGAUGCUCACUGAUUUCAGUAUGUGGCUUAUUUUUGUAAUAUAUAUGUAUGUCACCUUGCUAUGUCUGAUAUUAAACAGUGUGUGAAGGACUUCACUAUAAUUGAUACAUUGACCUUGAUUAAAGCCAUUUGUUCUUUAGGGUAAAAACAAGCAAGUGCUGUUUUGACAAACAACAAAAUUGUUUUUAUUGAAAUGUUAGGUCAAGAGGAUUUUUAAAGUUUUCUUUUUACAUAUGAUUUUAGAUAUUAAUAUAUGUAGACAUAUUUUAAUUUUGUAACGGUCAAGGACUUUGGCCGUCCUGUAAUUAUAAUUAAGGUGUUUGACAACAUGUGAUAUACAUAACCAUAAUUUAUUGAGUAAAUGUUUUUUAUGUCUUUCCUCAUGUAAAAACCUUUGAUCAGUACCGCUUCAGUGUCUGUUUUUGUAUUGUGUUUUAGUGAUUUUGUUUUACCCAACUAGUCAUGUCCAAUCAAACCUGAAGUGGUGUCAAUAGUAUGUAGUUUAUUACAGAAUAUUAUUUAACAAAUAACAGAUUACUUUUACAUAGUGUGUGUAAAUUUUAAUCAAGUAUGUGCCAGACUCACUGAGUUUUACUAUAUCAAAACAAAUAGAUAAGUGGGGCUAUUUAGUGCCUAAACGGGAAGUCCUUUAUUCACCUUGGCAGCCAAACCACAGCAUAACUGAAUAUUCUGUGUUUAAUUUCAAAACUUCAGAAUUAGUGCUGCAGAGGAAAUGUCACUGAAUAUCACUGGUUUUAGUUUUAACCUUUGCUUGUUGUUUAAAACGUAAGCUGGGGGAUUUUCUAAUAGCUUUAUCAACACUGCAGAAAAAGGGAGUAACACAUAACUCUUGAUCUGAUCAAUCAUGAAAUAAAUUGAUUGAAGCUCAACUUUAUAUAAGAAAAUUUGAUGAGAUAAUAAUCAUAUUAUAUAUGUUUGAUUCCUUCCUCCUUACAAUAUGUACACAUCAGCAAUAUUUAUGGCUGUUCACCUUAAACAAGAUAGCCUCUCUAAAUAAAACCUUGGUUACCACCCAGUGAUCGCCCUCCCCAUUAAGAUACUUUAUUUGUGUUGGGUUCCGAUCUCAUGUGUACACAUGUGGGACUGUUGGUGGUCUGGGCAUGUUGUAUAAUAUCAGCCCCCACUCUCAGCUUUACCUGUGUUCAGUUGCUUGUACCUGUAGUAUUAUCAUAUGGAAUGAGAAGAUUUUCACUAGUGUACAUAAUCAUUCAGGUUGUCAGCUUGCAUUUAAAUGGGAAUUAUAUAUAAAUAUAUGUGUAAUUGUGUGGAGAAUUGUAUGUGUGGUACGUGUGCAAGUGAGGUCACUACAUCUUGUCACAGCUGGCUGUAAAGGACACAGCAAAGUGAAAAAAAAUGAUCAUAUCUAUAAGUCAUUAAUGUCCUUGUGAUAGCAUUGUCAUGAAGGUCAUUCUUUGCAAUAUAAAAAAUAACUUCCCUAUAUUAUAGGCAAGUAAAGCAUAACAUUUAUUCAAUAUUUCCAUUUCAACAUUUUACAUUUAAUUGAUAUUCAUUGCAUAUAUUUGUUGGCUAUAAAACAAGGCAUCCCGUUAUGUAGCCAUUUGUGGCCUGGGUACUUUCCCUUCUGAAACUUGCACGAAAAACUGUCUAUAAAUGUUAAAGUUGAUGUUUAAGUAAUAAAAGCUAAGAUUACUUUCCUUUUACAAAAACAGUUAGUUUUAACACCUAAGACACUGUUAUUUCUUUAUUGCAAAUUUUUACAUGAACAAAAUGGACAUAAAAUGGUUUUAUGGGACCAGGCGGCCUAGAUAUUAGUCAUGCGAUCAUUUUAAAAACACUACUGUUUUAGCUGAUAUCCCUCCAAAAUUAUCAGGACCAAUAAGGAUUUUUUUUUCUACUUCUAAGAUAUGUGUAUUAAUUUUCAAACUUAAUGGAACACAAUUGUUUUUAACUGUAAAUUGCAUUGUUUUAAUCUCAUGCUGAAAUUUUUGUCUCAUGCUUUUAAUUGGGAGAAGAGGUGUGAUAGAUGAGAAAGUGUUUGUCUAUAUUUGCUAUUGGUGUACAAUUGUAUAUCUCCACACACAUGUUUGGGUUAUAUCUGUUUUAAUGUGUAGGUCGGGACAAGUACAGGUUCCUUGUUCAAAUUUCAUAUCAUGCUUGUUAAUCAAUAAUAAAUGUUAUGAAUGUGAUGUUUCAGCAUCAAUGGGGAACAAUCAGGCAUCAAGUCUGAAUGAAAAGCCCUGUCUUAAAACUCUGAAGAAACAAAUCAUGUUAAGUAAGAUUUAUGAGCUAGUAAUUAAAUUCUGUACACUUUUGACUGGGGUAUGCAUUUGAGCUGUUUUACAGAGCAGCAUAUUUUAUCAAUUUGAGCAGAGAUAUUAUAUUUGUUCGGUUUAAACAGAGAUAGGUGUUUGCUCGGUUUGAACAGAGAUAGGUAUUUGUUCAGUUUGAACAGAAAUAUGUGUUUGUUCCGUUUGAACAGAGAUAUGUGUUUGUUCCGUUUGAACAGAGAUAUAUAUUUGUUCCGUUUGAACAGAGAUAUGUGUUUGUUACGCUUGAACAGAGAUAUGCGUUUGUUCUGUUUGAACAAGUUUUUCAAGUUUUCAAGUUUUAUUUUUAAACUCACGCCACACCUAUACGUGCGUAACAAGAGGUCACAUAAUACAU